CCACAACUGGAAGUGGAGUAAGGUCCAAGAACGAGCACUAUGGCAUGUCUGGGGGAACCAGGACACACCGGUGCAAUGCUCCUGCUGCUCAUAGCCAGGAGCUUCACAUCACAGAGGUACUUUUAUCUCUGUUUAAGAUGAAGAUCAUCAGAACUGUAGUUGUAGACUCGGUAUGUUGUGCAGUUCAUCCUGUGUUGCUUUAAGUGACGGCAAUGUACAUCAGGUUGAUUUUUUGGGUGUAUUUAUUUUUCGGUAAUGAAUGAACUUGUCCCUUCAGUACUGCAGGAGGGAAAAUCCCUGAAGGAAAGGAGGGCAUCGCAUCCCAUGGCUCCCUGUGCAGAAGCCCACGGUGGAUGUGCAGCUUGGUGGGGCAGUUGACAGGAGGAGCAGAUGCCAUGGAUGAAGCCUUGUCCUUCUGGUCUGUGGGUUCAGCGCUGCGGGACCUUCUCCCCUUGGGACAGACACACUGUGGCUCAGCCCCUCACCUCCGCCCCGGCCUGGGAUCCCCGCGGGUGCCUGUUCUGCCCUUGAAACGCCCUUUUCCCACAGGGAGCCCCAAACCUGCCCAGCCUGCGGUGCCCCCCCAACAGCCCCCCUGGACGGGCUGUCACCGCGCACCGCCGGCAUCUUGAGGCCGCGCAAAGCAGGGGACCGGACGGGCGAGCCGUGAACCUUCAACCGGACGGUCCCCGCCUGCCCGGAGGAGGACGGCUUGUUGUCAGCCCUGCGGACCCGGGGAGGGGUUCAGGGAAGGCUCCCGGUGUCGCCCGGCCCGCGCUAGGCCCGGGACAGGCCGCGCUGUAACCAUGGUAACGGCGGCCGGCCGGCGGCGGCACGGCUUGUCCCACGCGGCGGCCCGUAGCGCGGUGCAUUGUGGGCCGGGGGAAGAUGGCCGCCUCCUUGAUGUGGUGGUGAGAGGAGUCGGGCUCUCCGGCACCGCGGGACGAGUCUCCCCGUCUUCUCCCGCUUCCCGUCCGCUCUCGGUGCGCAGCUCGCCGAUCCGCUCUCGGCCCGCCGGUGUGCGAGGGAGCUGGGAGCCGCCAUGGGCCGGGCGCGGCUCCCGCCGCAGAGAGUACAGGGCCCGCGGGGGUAGAGGCGCGAGUGGAGGCCCGGGGCCCGGUCCCCUCCGGUACCUCGGCCCUCGGCGGGGCCGGGAGGCACCGCAUUCCUCGGAGCCCGGACGGGGCUGCUGUCUGCGGGCCGCGGCGGAGGAGGAGAGUCGCCAGGUGGAAGGCGCGGCUUCCCCCGAGCUCGUCCUUCCCCGCACACCUGGGAGCGGAGCCUCCCUCUGCCCUUGCCCCGUCCUCCCCCCACGCCACCCGCCCGAGGGACCCCCCCUCGGCCCCCGCUGGGCUGGAGAUUGCUGCUCACUUGUUGCCCGGCACUUCCCCUCUGAUGGAGUCUGAGAUGCUACAGUCGCCUCUUCUGGGGCUCGGGGAGGAGGAUGAGUCUGACCUGACUGACUGGAACUUGCCUCUGGCCUUUAUGAAGAAAAGGCAUUGUGAGAAGAUUGAAGGCUCCAAGUCUUUGGCUCAGAGCUGGAGGAUGAAGGACCGGAUGAAGACUGUUAGUGUUGCCUUAGUUCUGUGCCUAAAUGUCGGCGUGGACCCUCCUGAUGUGGUGAAAACAACUCCCUGUGCCCGCCUGGAGUGUUGGAUCGACCCUCUCUCGAUGGGCCCUCAGAAAGCUCUGGAGACCAUCGGUGCAAACCUACAGAAGCAGUACGAGAACUGGCAGCCAAGGGCCAGGUACAAGCAGAGUCUCGAUCCUACAGUGGAUGAAGUUAAGAAGCUCUGUACGUCUCUGCGCCGCAACGCCAAGGAAGAGCGGGUUCUUUUCCACUACAAUGGACACGGCGUCCCCAGGCCCACAGUAAACGGGGAGAUCUGGGUCUUCAACAAGAACUAUACUCAGUAUAUUCCCCUCUCCAUCUACGACCUGCAGACCUGGAUGGGGAGUCCCUCCAUCUUCGUCUACGACUGCUCCAACGCCGGCCUUAUCGUCAAGUCCUUCAAGCAGUUUGCGCUGCAGCGGGAGCAGGAGCUGGAGGUGGCAGCAAUUAACCCCAACCACCCCCUUGCCCAGAUGCCUUUGCCACCCUCCAUGAAGAACUGCAUUCAGCUGGCGGCCUGUGAGGCCAACGAGCUGCUCCCCAUGAUCCCCGACCUGCCGGCCGACCUCUUCACAUCCUGCCUUACUACGCCCAUCAAAAUUGCUCUGAGAUGGUUCUGUAUGCAGAAGAGUGUCAGACUGGUGCCAGGAGUCACACUGGAUUUAAUAGAGAAGAUUCCAGGAAGGCUGAAUGACCGGAGGACUCCCCUGGGGGAGCUGAACUGGAUCUUCACAGCCAUCACAGACACCAUCGCCUGGAACGUCCUGCCCAGAGAUCUUUUCCAGAAGCUCUUCAGGCAAGACCUGCUCGUGGCCAGUUUGUUUCGGAACUUUCUGUUGGCAGAAAGGAUUAUGAGGUCCUACAACUGCACCCCCGUCAGCAGCCCCCGCCUGCCCCCCACCUACAUGCACGCCAUGUGGCAAGCGUGGGACCUUGCAGUUGAUAUUUGCCUUUCCCAAUUACCUACAAUUAUAGAGGAAGGAACUGCCUUUAGGCACAGCCCCUUCUUUGCGGAGCAGCUGACGGCGUUCCAGGUGUGGCUGACCAUGGGGGUGGAGAACCGCAACCCCCCGGAGCAGCUCCCCAUCGUUCUGCAGGUGCUGCUGAGCCAGGUACAUCGGCUGCGGGCGCUCGAUCUGCUGGGGAGGUUUUUGGACCUGGGUCCCUGGGCAGUGAGCUUGGCCCUCUCUGUCGGCAUCUUCCCCUACGUCCUGAAGCUGCUUCAGAGCUCGGCUCGUGAGCUGAGGCCCCUCCUCGUCUUCAUCUGGGCCAAAAUUCUGGCAGUGGACAGCUCGUGCCAAGCUGACCUCGUGAAGGACAAUGGUCACAAAUAUUUCCUCUCUGUCCUGGCAGAUCCUUACAUGCCGGCUGAACACAGGACCAUGACGGCUUUUAUCCUGGCUGUAAUUGUGAACAACUACACCACGGGGCAGGAAGCUUGCCUUCAAGGAAACCUGAUUGCUAUUUGCCUGGAGCAGUUAAAUGAUCCACAUCCUCUUCUGCGUCAGUGGGUGGCCAUUUGUUUGGGACGCAUUUGGCAGAACUUUGACUCAGCCAGGUGGUGCGGGGUGAGAGACAGCGCUCACGAAAAGCUCUACAGUCUCCUCUCAGAUCCAAUUCCAGAGGUUCGCUGCGCUGCAGUCUUUGCUCUGGGAACGUUUGUGGGCAACUCAGCGGAGCGGACGGAUCACUCCACCACCAUCGAUCACAACGUGGCCAUGAUGCUGGCCCAGCUCAUCAACGACGGGAGCCCCAUGGUCAGGAAGGAGCUGGUGGUGGCUUUAAGUCACCUGGUGGUUCAGUACGAGAGCAAUUUCUGCACCGUCGCCCUGCAGUUCAUGGAAGAAGAGAAGAAUUACCCUCUCCCUUCUCCAGCUGCCACUGAGGGUGGGAGUUUGACCCCAGUGCGGGAUGGUCCGUGUACACCGAGGCUGCGGUCCGUCAGCUCCUACGGGAACAUCCGAGCAGUUACCACAGCGAGGAACCUGAACAAGUCCUUGCAGAACCUCAGCCUGAAUGAAGAAUCUGGCAGCUCUGUUGCAUUUUCUCCUGGGAAUCUCAGCACCAGCAGCAGCGCCAGCAGCACCUUGGGCAGCCCUGAGAACGAGGAGUAUAUCCUGUCCUUUGAGACCAUCGACAAGAUGAGACGAGUCAGCUCUUACUCUUCUCUGAAUUCACUGAUAGGUGUGAGUUUCAACAGUGUUUAUACCCAGAUUUGGAGAGUGCUCCUUCACCUGGCUGCUGAUCCCUAUCCCGACGUCUCCGACUUAGCUAUGAAAGUUCUCAACAGCAUUGCCUACAAGGCGACAGUGAACGCCCGGCCCCAGCGCAUCCUCGACACCUCCUCGCUGACCCAGUCCGCCCCCGCCAGCCCCACCAACAAGGGCAUGCACAUCCACCAAGUCGGAGGGUCACCUCCAACCACCAGUACCAGCAGCUCCAGCCUGACAAACGACGUGACUAAACAACCCGUCAGUCGGGACAUCGCGUCCGUGAGACCUGCCAACGUUGGCAACAUGGGGGUGCAGUAUACUCCCCACUCCCACCAGUUCCCCAGGACCAGAAAAAUGUUUGACAAAGGGCCAGAACAGACCACUGAUGAUGCCGACGAUGCAGUGGGACACAAAAGUUUCAUUUCGGCCACGGUGCAGACGGGGUUCUGUGACUGGAGCGCCAAGUAUUUCGCUCAGCCGGUGAUGAAGAUCCCAGAGGAGCAUGACUUGGAGAGCCAGAUCCGCAAGGAGAGAGAGUGGCGGUUCCUGCGCAACGCCCGUGUCAGGAAGCAAGCCCAGAAGAUCAUCCAGAAAGGUAUUUCCAGGCUGGAUGAUCAGAUCUUCCUCAACAGGAACCCGGGCGUCCCCUCGGUGGUGAAGUUCCACCCCUUCACGCCCUGCAUCGCCGUGGCCGACAAGGACAGCAUCUGUUUUUGGGACUGGGAGAAAGGGGAGAAGUUGGAUUACUUCCACAACGGGAACCCUCGAUACACCAGGAUCACAGCCAUGGAGUACCUGAACGGACAGGACUGCUCCUUGCUGCUCACUGCUACAGAUGACGGUGCCAUCAGGGUGUGGAAGAACUUUGCAGACCUGGAAAAGAACCCGGAGAUGGUAACUGCUUGGCAGGGGCUGUCAGACAUGCUGCCGACUACACGAGGAGCAGGAAUGGUGGUGGACUGGGAACAAGAAACCGGGCUCCUGAUGACAUCGGGAGACGUGAGGAUAAUCCGGAUCUGGGACACCGAUCGGGAGAUGAAAGUCCAGGACAUCCCCACCGGGGCUGACAGCUGUGUCACCAGCCUCUCCUGUGAUUCUCACCGGUCGUUAAUCGUGGCGGGGCUGGGGGACGGCUCCAUCCGCGUGUUCGACAGGAGGAUGGCUCUCAGUGAAUGCCGUGUCAUGACCUACCGCGAGCACACGGCCUGGGUGGUGAAAGCCUAUCUGCAGAAACAUCCCGAGGGCAACAUCAUGAGCGUCAGCGUAAACGGAGACGUGCGGUUCUUUGACCCCCGGAUGCCAGAGUCCAUGAAGGUCCUUCAGAUAGUCAAAGGGCUGACGGCCCUGGACAUUCACCCCCAAGCCAACCUCUUCGCAUGUGGCUCGAUGAAUCAGUUCACUGCAAUCUACAACGGAAACGGGGAGCUGAUCAACAACAUCAAAUACUACGAUGGUUUUAUGGGACAGAGAGUCGGAGCCAUCAGCUGCCUGGCCUUCCAUCCGCACUGGCCGCAUCUGGCCGUCGGGAGCAACGACUACUACAUCUCGGUGUACUCGGUGGAGAAGCGGAUCAGAUAGCGCAGGCCCGGCGGGCUGGGAGGAGGGAGUCCCAGCGGGGCAGGGCCGUGUCGCACCCACAAAUGUACAUAGUGAAAUUAUCGACUUGAAUGUUUCGUGUUGGCUGCUGCUGCUGCAACCCCUAACUUGAACGUUUUGGUUUUUUUGUUGUUUGUUUUUUGUUUUUUGUUUUUUUUUCCCUGACUUAGCUACUGAUGAUUUUGACAAGGGGAAGAGAGACAAUCUCCUUUUUUUUUGUUGUUUUUUUGUUUGUUUGUUUUUCUUCUUUUCCCAGCUAUAUCCUCUAAAAGCUACAGUAAAAGGAACAUUUUAAUUUUUUUGUUGCCAGUGGUUGGCUUCUCUGUUAGAAACACGGCUCCUGAGCUUGGCAGGACUUGGAUGAGGCAAUACCCUUGACAAGGGCUCUCUGUUUUAGUCUUUGCUUCUGUGUUUUGCUGGAGCCUUGGGCGCUUUAAGGCCUAAAGUCAGGACUCACCUACAGCUCCGGGUGCUCGACCGCUCCACGGGACCCCUCCGGCUGCCUCCGACCCUGGGCCAAACAGAAACUCCCCCGUUGGGGCAGCGAGACCCAAAUGGUCCCUCUGCAGAACAGCAUCUGUGCUCCUGAGCUGGGGAAAGGCAGGAAAGUGUCUCCUCUGCAUGAACCUUGUCCCCUCUGCAGUGGAAGGAGGGACAGAAGGAGACUUGGUGGCAAGGAGAGGGGGCAGGAUCCCCAGGGAAAGGGGUUUGAGGAGGUGAUGGGAGCAGGGCAGGAUGCCACCCUACUGUCAGGUUGCACGUACAGAAGAAGAGGGAAGAAGGAGAACGGACAUCUCUAACGUCCCCACCAGCCUGGAGCGAGUCACUCGUGUCACCACUUCCCACCCAAGCACAGGUCUGGGGUGUCUCGGUCACCGCUUCUUCUGCAGUCACUGUCCUUCUGCCCAUGGUGAACUCCACAACCACGUUUGGUGGCCCAGGAGCUCUGCCCAGGCCGGCUCCGGGUUCAAGCCACAGGCUUUGGUCUCGCUCCAGUCCGGGAAUAUUCGGCAAGGUGAUGGUCAGGAGAAUUUGCACACUUGCUGCUGUGUGUUUGGAGCCACACACGUGGCAUGGAUGUGGCUUCUGUGUCCCUGCAGAACUGGGCACGGGACCGCACGUGGUCUGAGCACAAGAGAAUCACUAACGGAGGGGGAAGAUGGUGGGUCAUCCUGGGUUUGAGCAAAACAGCUUUGUCCCAGCUCUUCAGGAGAGAACCUGCUCC